AUGCAAGCGAAUGGCGCCAAGCGGCCACGCUUGGCCUUCUCGGUGAAGAGCGGCAAGGCCUCGCGUGUCAACGUGUUUGCUUCCGGCGAGAGCUCCGAGGAGGAGGUUCAGGAUGCUACUUUGCCGCGACCGGCACCUUCAUCGGUUUCCACGGCGAGCGAGGACUUCGCCGCGGAGUUGAAAAGUUCUUCCGAGGCUUUCGAAGGCUAUCGCAGCUCUUUGCGCGCGAAGAAUGGCCCUUUGUAUCGGCGCUUUGCGGCCCUCCUGAAUGGCGAGAGGGGAAUCGCUUCCGGAGUGGACCCCGGCACAGCCGGCCUCGGGCUCGGCCUCCUGGGCGCCACCGUCAGCGCCAUG